CCUCGUUUCUAUACAUCACAUAUCAGGUAUAUAAAUAAUGAAAUGUUCGAUAGGGAAUUAGUUGAUUAAAAUUUUUGGCAGAAACGCUGGUAUUUUGUGACGCAAAUAUUGCCAGAGAAAAGGAGCGGAAUAACGUAAAGAAAUGGCUUUUACAAAGGAGUUGACGCGGUUGGUUGUUUUUACGUAUAUUUGUUUAGUUGUGGAAGGUUGUGGGCGUUUGAAGUGUUACCAGUGUAACUCUCAGGAUUCCCCAUCUACGUGUGGAGAGAAAAACUUUAAUGCUGAUGCCCACAAGGAUACAACAGUCAGUGGAAGCACAUUGGUUAAUUCAUGGAACGGUGGAACCAGCUGUAUACGUGGCUAUGCUAUAAACGACAAGGGAACAUACUAUUAUCGUGACAAAUCAAACGCGGCCCUUUGGGAUGGAUGCAAGACUCCACAAGUGUGUGCUUGCAGUGAAGAUCUGUGUAACUCUAAAGGGUCAAGGGGGGUCUAUGUGACCUCAACCUUUCUCUUCUGUUACUUGGCAACGGUUGUUGUACAGAAGAUGACGUUUUGAUAUUUGUUGAUACCAGUUGUGAUAUGAAGGACUUACAUACUAUACUUUUUAUUAUUGUUAUACUUGACUAGUUUUAGAAUUUUAAUGAUAACAUCAUAUGUACAUGUAUUUUUGUGAAUUAAUUAGAUGUGUGCGUGCUCGUGUAUUAAUAUGUGCCCGCGAGUUUUUCUUUAUUCUAUGAGUUUCAAUAUUAGUUAAUAUAAAAGGGUAGAAGAUAGGGUUUGGGGUGUUCUUGUGAACAAUUAGUUACUAGAACUACCGAUGGAUUCAGACCAAAAUGGGCACAGAAGUGUUUACUUGUUGCCUUCUUUCUGGAACCGUGUACAGUAAAACAAUGUACGUAAGGCACAUUCCAUACUCAAAUCUUUAGGUUUCUUACUCAUCAUUUCAAUUUGAUAACUGAUAUUUCUGUUAAAUAUGUUCGCCUCACGAAAAUGAACUGAAGAACUCUGUAAACGUACAACCUUUAACUGUCAGUAUUUAUUUUCGUUUUAUAGGGACUACACUGAGUGUUUAUUUUUUACAUGAUGUGACUGUAAAUAUAUUUUAAAUAUUAAUGUUCCAUUUGAUGUAGGUCUUAACCAAUAGAGUGCAAAAAAGUAGCAGAAAAACACAAUUUUCAAUGUACUAGUAUUUCUGAGAACAAUUCCUACAUCUUUCCGUUUCAAGUGCCCCAAGUGAUCUAUGUAGGGCAUUAAAAUUUCAUGUUUUAGGCUAUUCGGCCUCAAUGAAUUUCCUUUAAAGAAAGAAAAUGUCACUACAGUGCAAUCAGGGAUUGGAAAUUCAUAAACAGAUGUAAGUAAGGAAAUAGAUUAAAAACAUCAAAAUGAUCAAUUUAAAUGACUGAUAGAUUUGACCAAAGUAAAUAUGUAUUCAUUGACGUGAUGCCUCAUACUAGUAUAUACUAUGUGUCACUAGAGCAUGGUUUCAACUUCGUUAACAUCGUUUUUAUUGAAAAUUUGUUGUGUGACUUUAUUUGCAAACAUAUCGAAUAAUUUAGGAAUGUAAAUAUAGGAGCAUCCAAACUGUAAACAUAUUUUGAUAUGUACUCUUUUUUCCGUUUUGGUAAUUUGGUAUGUAUACAAUUAUCUAGGUAAGUCAAUGGACUUAAUCAAAGUAAGUCUUUAGGGGUUUCUUUUGCAUUUCUAAGUAUUGGGAUUUCUUUUGCAUUUCUAGAUUUAGUGGUUUCUUUUGCAUUUCUAAGUUUAGGUGUUUCUUUUGCAAUUCUAACAUGUCUAAGUUUUGGGAUUUCUUUUGCAUUUCUAAUUUGAGUGGUUUCUUUUGCAUUUCUAAGUUGAGUUGUUUCUUUUGCAUUUCUAAGUUUAGGAUUUCAUUUGCAUUUCUAAGUUUAGGCGUUUCUUUUGGAAUUAUUAGUUUAUACAUUACAAGACAUAUCUUUUUAAACUGUAUUUCAAGUAUUUAUCUACAUGUGUACAAGUACGUCGUAGUUGCCAAGUCAUGUUUCUCGUGUUUAGCGCAAGUAGUUUAUUAUACUGCUGUAAAUUGUAUCUUUAACGUAUAUCUACUCUCUGAAUUUCUGUGAUUUUUAAAAUAUAUUGUAUAAAAUCA